AUGAAAUUUUCAUUUACAUUUCUAAUAUUAUUAAUAAUCAAUCUAAUUAAAGCAGAUGUUGAUAUAACAUCACCAAAAAGUGGAGAUUCAUUUUCUGGUUCAUCAGGUAAAGCAUCAUUUCAAGUUUCAUGGAAAGAUGAUUCAGAUUCAGAUGAUCAAAAAUCAAUAAGUAAUGUACAAACAUAUACUAUUUCAUUAUGUACAGGUGAAAAUAGUCAAAUUCAAUGUUGGCCAACACCAUUAGUUGAUAAAAGGCAAAUAUCAGGUAGUGAACCAAGUGUUGAUAUCGAAUUAGAUCAAAGUGAUUAUCCAAAUGGUUAUUAUUACAUUCAAAUUUAUUCAGAAUUUUCAGGAUCAGCUUAUACAAUUCAUUAUUCACAAAGAUUUAGAUUAACAGAUAUGAGCGGGUCAAAUGUUGUUAAUAAACAAACAACAACAGCAACAUUUUCAAUGUCAGUUACUGGAGCUCAACCUGGAGACCAAGCCGUAGGAUUUGCAUCUGCCUCUGUUGAUUCAGCAUCAUUUACAGUUCCAUAUACUUUACAAACUGGUAGAACAAGAUAUGCUCCAAUGCAAAUGCAACCAGGUUCAAAAGUUACAGCCACAACUUGGACAAGGAAAUUUCCAACAUCAUCAGUUAGUUAUUAUUCAACAAAAAUGAAAUCACCAAAUAUUCAAUCUACAAUUACACCCGGUUGGAGUUAUACAGCUGAAUCUGCAGUAAAUUACGCAACUAUUGCACCAUAUCCAACAAAUUGGUAUGCCGCAAGUGAAAGAGUAAGUCAAGCUACAAUAAGUGGAGCAACGAAAAGAAAAAGAAGAUGGUUAGAUGAUUAA